AUGGGGAACAAAGGUAGAUUGGCAUUCGUCUGGAGGAUAAAUAUUUCCUCUUCUCAGCAACUUAAGGAGUACUAUUGUUCUGAUACACUUCUAAUUGAUGGCUGCAAAUGGCGUUUAAUUCUCACACCCAUGGGAAAUAAAUUUGUCUUCUCCUAUCAUUAUUUAGGCGUUGCUGAUCAUAAGUCCCUGCCUUCUAGAUGGACAAGCAAUGUAAAUCUUUGCUUCACUUUAGUUAAUCGACGAUCUAAAAAUUGUUCUUUGGUGAAAGAUUCAGAGCUUUGUGUCAACGAGAAGUCCCCCACUUGUCGUUAUCGAAUCGGAUUCAUGCGUUCCAGCCAUCUUGAAGAACAUGGCGGAUUUCUUAAAGUUGGAAGACUGAAGAUUGUUCUCAAGAUAGGAUCAGUGAAGCGUAAAAUUGAAAAACACCAUGGCAUUGCAUCAGAAAUUCUUCUGACAAAUUGGCGGAGGACAACAUACCUGAAUGCCGUCCUCGGACAAAUUAAGACGUUGUGCCAGUUUCCUGGGACUAUCUCUGAUGAUGAUCUAGAAGAAGCAUCUUCCGUAGUGUCAAAUGCCGCAAAGGGAGGCCUUGUAGUGGAUUGGUUAGAGAAGAGGCUCGAGGAAGUAAAGGAAAAGAAGAAAGUGGCCACUGCUAAGGCUCGGUUGCAACAAAUUGACGAAGAGUUGCUGAAACUCAUUCAGAAAUUAGGUUGA